AUGUCACGUGACCAAUCACCUUUCUUUAUGACUCCCUCUCUCGCAGCAGUAAACAGAAAGUCAGAAACCGCUCCAAAUUCUCUCCCUCUCGCUCAUGCGAAAGAAAGUGAUGAAGUGUGGUUUCUUGGAUCUACAAUGCCGAACCAGAGGCUGCACUCAUGUUUUACAGUGAUUGUGUUCUUGGCGAUUCUUGCUUUGCAAGCUUGUGCUUCUACUAAUCCUCCUGAUGAACAUGAUGAUAUACAGUCAUUCAUAGCACUUCAAGAUCUAUACAAGGCAGGAGUAACCUGUUGUGCAUACUGGACCGAAAGCAAACACAAAACAAGCAGAUUUACGUGGUUCCCCAAAACCGAGUACGUCCACGGAGACAGCAGAUUGUAUAUUAAUGGAGGAAUGAUACAAACACUCAACUCAACCCAAUACAACCCACAAAAAACCAGUGUUUCACUCUUACACUCUUUUCUCUCAAAUCUUCACUUGCACUCACUCUCCCAGUUGCACUCACCACACUUCUCUGCACACUUCUUGCACACACACUGCACUCUUCCUCUCUCGUUCUUGUCUUCAGUCUUGAAUCUGUUUACAUGA